AUGUUAACGAGAUUGAAGGCGAGGUCUGCAACACAUAAUGUUUUGCGACAUACGGAGUUGUUGCGACAAAACUGUAAAAUAUUAAGUGAAAAUAUAUCCACAAAUCUGAAGUUAAGUCGGUCCAUAGAAGCGCAGAUCGAGAAUUCUCCACGAGCUACUAGUUUGCCGGCUGUAUCAGCAAAUACCCAAAAUACAUUUUACAACCAACAGAUGCUUCUACAGCAGCAAUAUAUGCAAAUACCAUCGCUUUAUGGUAGUCAACAAACGGGAGGAAUCAUGUUACAACAACAUCCGAUGGAUAUUCAGACAUUCCAACAACAGCAACAUCUAUUACAAGUUAUGCAACAGCAGCAACAGCAACAGCAGCAAGCAUUGCAAAAUCAUCAACGUAGUCUAGGACUUCAUGAAUCACAAACUUUUGCACAACAACAGGUGGUGCUACAACAGCAACAAUAUCAACGUGCCUUACAACAAGCAGCACAGCAACAACAACAACAACGACAAUUGGAACAACAGCGUUUGUUAGAGCAACAACAACGGCAACUUGACCUCAUGCACCAGGAGCGUGAGGCAGCUCGGUUGAAACAACAGCAAGAUGAAUUGUUACGCCAAAAAGCUGAAGCAUUGGCACGCCAGCAGCAGGAAGAAGCAGCGCGAUUGAAACAGGAGGAGCUUCGGCGAAUAGCUUAUCAGAAAGAGCAACAACUUAAACAACAACGAGAAGCACAUGAAAGACUACGUUUGGAGCAGCAACGAAUUUUGGAAGAACAAAAACGGCAGGAAGAAGCUCGAAAAAUUGAAGAGCAACGCAAAGAAGUAGAAAAAGUACGCGCAAUACGGGAGCAACAAAAUCGAAAGCAGCGUGAAGCACGUGAAGCUUUCAACGUAAUGAAAGAAAAAGCCGACAGUUUCCCUAUUCCCAUACAUCUGGCUGGUUGUCAUACACUUACGAAACUGGUGAAUCAUUUGCCGUUUCCGUCUCCUUAUUUACCUUACACGAACAACCUGAAGUGUGAGACUAUAGGCCAACCACGUAUCGGACCUACACAAAAAGAAAUUUUGAUGCAAGCCGUUGAAGCAAUUUCACAAAUUGAAACUUCCGACGUGUUAUUGAAACAUGAAGAUGGUGAAACGAAUGAUUUUGAUGUGCAUGCGGCUCCUUGUUUUGUGCGGGAACUGUAUGAAAUCAACCAUCAGACAUUUGACGUUGACAUUCCUCAAAGUGUUGUAGCUCCUGAAAUAAUAGACGCAGCAGCCAGUGCUUCAAUUGAAACUGAAACGGAUGUAAUGGAAAAACCAGCGGAACUUCAAGAACAAAUUACACUUGCGAAGGAUACUGCGGAAACAAGUGCUACAAUCGAAGUCGAAUCACUGCAAACGGAAGCAGCGAGUAUUUCCGAAACAUGUAAACCAUCUUUCUCAGAUACACCGAAGAAAGAGACUACAUUACAGGAGGAUGAGCAGCAAGUCCAAUUGCGUCGACAAAUUGUUUCUCUUGGAAAGCAACCGAAAGCACAGCAAAUACGCAGGAAAAAGGAUAUGGUUGAAUCGUUGUUCGACUCUUUGACUGGUUAUUUUGACCCAAGUGAAGGUCGACGCCGCCGACAGCGAACAAAAACAUACGAAGAAGAACAAAACGAGAAAGUACAAAUGGAACUUUUUGCACAGAUGGAGAAAGUAGAUGCCAAUGAAAGAGAAGAAAAGGGAUUUGCGAAAAUUGAGCACCGUCCAGAUCAUGCGGGAACGUCUAAGGAAGGAUCGACAGAAAAUGAUGACAAACCAAAAUUUUUCGAAGGACACAAGAAAGGCCGUAAAAGAGUUCGAGAAAAAGCCCUUGAGCAAUCGGACAGACCACCGACACCAACGGAAGUGAUUCAGCAGCGGGAAUUAGAGUGGCGUGAACGCCAACGUAAACGACGUGAGAAGCACAAACGUCGACAGAAUGAAUCGGAAUCUGAAUGCUGGAAUAAUGAAGUUAUGGCAGAGAAGGAAUCGUAUAUGAAAUUCACCACUAUUAUUGAUCAAAUUUUUGAAAGUAUGGAUGAACAAGAUUUCGUUCCAAGUACAAAUGCAGACGAUGAUGGCGGAAUACCACAAGAUUUUCUGGACAAAGAUCAGCUCGAAGAACUUCGGCAGGAAGCACAAAAAUUAAAAUCGUGGAAAAAAAUCAAUAAAGUCAAUCCGGAACGUCUAGUAAAGCUUUUGACGAUUUUGGAAAAGAAUAUACGUGAUAUAAUUGGCACAGAAGGGGAGCAGUCACUCAUUGCUCUUUUUAAUGAGGAUGAUGGGGAUGAUUCAAGUGAAGCAUAUCGUGAAGCAAUCGGUGAUCGUAUAUUGCGUGCAGCUGAUGCGUCAUGUACAGCAAUGCUUAUAAUGACAUCCACAAAAAUGCCCAAACAGGUAUUUAUCGAAGACCCAAUUGAUCGUUCCAUACAACUCUGUAAGCAAUUUCUUCAUAAUAUUAUCUACCCGACAUCCGACAGCUCAUGUCGUGCUUCUAAUAAAGGACGAAAGAAUGAAGAUAGGAAACGAAAGAGGUCCAUAAGUAGUGCUCGAUCCCGUAUUAUCAAGAACAUUUACACUCGUGUUACUGAACUUGUUGGAUGCUUUGCUGAGCUUGUCCGUACUCAGUCCUUAACAGAUACAGCCGUCCUACAACUGUGUACUCUGGCAUCAGGACCAUUCUUUGUGGACAAUGUUGGUGAAUUACAAAUGCAAUCCAUCAAACUUCUCUCGGCCAUUUUCUCGCGUUAUGAAAAUUUUCGGAAAAGCAUCAUUCAAGAUUUGCUCAGUUCUGUUCAUCGUCUUCCUCCGACAAAAACUUCCAAAAAUAGUUAUCGUAUGACUGCUGAUGAAUGGAUCAGUAACAUGACUGUUCUCAUUAUGCAACUUGUGCAAAGUGUUGUGAAGGUUCCACGACGACGACGGUCUGAUGAACCUUUAGAUGUUAGUGAAGAAACAACAGUUGAUGAUACUAUAGUCAAAGAUUCUGUGGUUGAAUGUCAGAAAAUCGCAUCGUUGUUUCUCAGUGGAUUUCUAGCUAAGUGUACAGCCAAAUCGGAAGAAGAUUAUCGACGUCUUUUUGAUCAAUUUGUGCAUGAUUUGCUUACUGCCUUAUAUAAACCUGAAUGGCCCGCUGCUGAAAUGCUUUUGACAUUACUGGGCAAUGUUCUGGUUACUUUCUAUCGUUCGAAAAAUGUUGAUAUGUCACUGAGAAUUGCCAGCUUAGAUUACUUGGGUACAGUAACUGCUUCGCUGCGUAAAGAUAUGCAACAAACUAUAUCGGAUGAUAUUCGGCUGGAUGUAGUUGUUAAAACACUGUUAUACGAAGAGCUUGAGGAGGAAGAACGGACUGGCGAUAUAGAUACCAUUGAUAUCAGUCAUAUGUCAUCAGCGGAUAAGAUGAAGAAAGUCCAACGAGCCUUGAUUGAUUAUCUCGUUGAAAGAAGGGGCGAUGCUGAUGUUUCCAUCGAGUAUGCGGUAAUGUUUUAUGUCGGUAUUUGGUACAAGGAAGUGUAUGAAGAAGCAGAAUCAGCAAAGCAGAAGCUGAAGCAAAUCAUGAAUAGUUCGGAAAUCAGUGAUAAGGAAAAGCGAAAAUUUGAAAAGAAAUCUGCCAGGGUCUUGGAACGAUGUCAAAUAAUGAAGGUAUUUCUCAUCAAAACUGCUGACAAAAGACAUAUCAGGAAACGUGCUGAACAAAUUGCACGAACUGGCAGCAUUUUGAUGGAUAGUGAUGCGUUAUGGCUUGUAAGAUUCUUGGCAUCAAGCCGAGAAUUUAGCCAAUCGUUUUCGACAUACCUCAACCAUAUUUUGUAUGGUAUACAUGCGGAACAAGCAGUAGGUUUAAGAACCAAAGCAAUGCGGUGCUUAACUUUGAUUAUUGAAGCAGAUCAUGCAGUUUUAAAAAUUCCCGAGGUGCGCAAAGCAGUUCAGGCAAGGAUGAUGGAUCCGAAUGCAGCAGUUCGUGAAGCGACUAUUGAACUUAUUGGAAAGUAUUUGAUUGCGAAGCCUGAAUAUGUACCGCAGUAUUAUCCAUUAUUAAUUGAACGCAUCAAGGAUUCUGGUGUAGCAGUUCGGAAGCGUAUAAUACGUAUAUUGCGUGAAAUUUGCGAAAAACAGCCUGAUUAUGACAAAAUGCCAGAAAUUUUGGCGCGGAUUGUGCGUCGCAUAUCGGAUGAAGAAGGAGUAAAGAAGCUAACCAUUGAUACUAUGCAAAGCUUGUUGUUCCAACCUGCUCGUGAACGUGAUUCUAUUCAAUUAAUUAACAAGUUAUGA